CAUAUCUGGAGGAGAAUGUUGUACAAACUGUUUGCGCCACGUCGCCUGGACUCUGUGGAUGCCAUACGCUGCCUGUGCUGCUCCGAGUUUCUGCUGUGGCUGAUGGAAUAUCCAGCAAUGGCCUUCGAUCUGGUGGACUCACACAUGUACUGCCUGUUUGAGGCCCUGCAUGACACAUCGCCCAAGGUGCGCGAGUGCUGCCUGGUGGGUGUAUCGCGGCUGUGCACCACAGAGCCUCGUGUGCAGCGGGCAUGCCUGCAGCUGGUGAAGAAGUACAAGCAGUCUGUGCUGCUCAUUGCUGUGGCGGACAAGGAGUGGCUGCUGUGCGAGCUGGCCAUACGUCUGCUGAUGUCCUGCCUACGCGAUUCGCCUGGCCUGUUGAGCGUCGAGGAGAUUGCCACCAUCGAGGGCCUGAUGUUUGAUCAGAAUCGAGGCGUGGCCCAAGCAGCAGCCGAGGUCUUCGUGCAUCAAUAUCUCCACAGAAAGGAGGAUGAAGCGACGCGCAUACGUCGCGUGGUGACGUUCUUCAAGCGGUUUCCAGAGCAUGAACAUGCCGCAUAUCUGGUGGAUGCUUUGAUCGAAAGGAGCAACGUGCUGCUGGCCUGGGCGCCCAUGGUGGAGAUGUUGCUGAAGGGAGAGGUGGAGGGUGAGAAGGAGCAGCAGCAGCAUGAAGACACCAUCAUCAUUGAGCUGCUGACGCAAGCCGUGAAGCAAGCCAUAACCGGUGAAAUACCCCCCGGACGCUAUACCAAAGAUCUGGACAAGAGAGCGCCCAUGGCAGGGGCCAAGCAAACAGCCACACAAAUCCUGGCGCCCGUGAUGGCCAAACUCCUGCGAAAGCACAAAGAAAACAUUGUUAAUCUGAAGAAUCUGCUGGAACUGCCACAGUAUUUUGAGCUCGAGGCCGAGGAGUGUGUCGAGCACUGGCCGCAGCUGAUCAAACGCCUGCAGAACAUAUUCUACCAUCAGAGGGACUUGACGGUGAUACGCACGGCUGCCGAGACCCUGGAGAAGAUCAACAUGCCAGCGACCUGGCAGGGCAUCAAGGAAAUACUCAGCACGGCCGUGACGAGCUAUCGCAUGGAAUUACGUAAUUGGUAUGCGACUGCGCGGACCCAGGCUACCAAUAAGAGUCGCGACAAUCGUCUGAUUGAGCGCCUGCAACUGGUGUCCGUGCUCUUUCGACACUUUGACCUCACCCAAUGUCAACUGUUGCCCACCGCCCUGCAGAGCCUCGAACAGUGUCUCUCCGAAGCGGAAGGCAGACUGCCACGCGGCACAAUCCAUUUGUAUUUGGAGAUUUGCUCGCAUGGCCUCAUGUGGGAGCAAAGGAUAAUAAUGAAAGACGCAGCCACCGCUGAGGAUAUUCAGGAGCGAUGUGAAGGUCUAAAAGCGACACUGACGGGCGUUAUUCGCAUGGCAUUCAAAGUGCUCAAGUCGAUGCCGAAUAGAUCGUUUCCAUAUGCACUGACCACCAUUUGUGAUCUGUUUGUGCUGUUUGGCUAUCAUCUGCAACAGCACACCAGUGCGGCUGUGCGCUCUCUGAUGUAUCAGCCAACGAUCGAAGACUUUGAGCUACUUGAAGCUCAUUUGAUGAUGCAUCUAUUCGAGGCCGAAGAACCCAAAGAACUGCUGCAGGAGCACGCCUUUGAUGAGCUGCACAAGAAGCGGCAGGCACUGGCGGGUUACUGCAAAUUGGUGGCCUUUAAUGUAGUGCCCGUCAUGAGGUUUCGUUUUGUCUUGCAGUUCUACGAUAAGUUCUAUGAUGCCUUUGGCGACUUGAUGCGCUCUGCCAUGGAGAAAGCUUUGGAUGUAAAUGCCACAAACUAUGGCAUGACACUGAUGCACACCUGCCUGCUGGUCUUUUCGCGAGUGAUGAAUGGCGAGGAGCAACUCGAAGAUCUACUCAAACUGGCCAAGCGCUUGGCGGAGACACUCAGCGGUGAUCUGCUGAACAGUCGCAAAGGCGUGCUCGCCCUGCAUCGCGCUGGCAUUUACUUUGCUGCGCAGCGGCAGGAGAAUAGCCUCGUGGGUUCGCCACCUCAAUCGCUACUGUAUUUGAGCGUGCUGGAGAAGUUUGUGCUGCAGCUACUGUCGCAGGACAAAAUUGUGAUUCUAAAGCUGCUAAGUGAACAAAUUCCGGCAGAGUUGCCGUCGUGUCGUCGCGAGGAAUGGAAGCCCUUGGAGUGCUAUCGCACGGCCUUGGAGCUGGCACUCAAAUUUAGUUGUCGUCGUGCGGAGUACGAAGCCAUGGAGCAGUACUAAGGAUUGAUUAAGGUAGGACACACUUGCUCUAAGGAAACAUUCAGCAUUCCAACG